GACGGUCAAAGUGUCAAACUAUCGAGGAUUUUUCUUGAACUACUUGGAAGUUUGUUUCGACGGUGAAGACGUUGAUCUUUUGAAUUAAAAGUUAUUGUCAAUCAAUAUGAUUGGUUUAAAGUUGUCACAUGAACAAACUUUAUUUUGCAUCUGCCUUUUCUAUCGCAUUUAUCAAAAUGGCGGCAGUAUCUUCUGACCGACAUCGUAGCAAAGAUCCUGCAGAUCAGAACUUUGACUAUAUGUUUAAACUUCUUAUUAUUGGUAACUCUUCGGUCGGUAAAACAAGUUUCCUAUUUAGAUAUUCGGAUGAUUCCUUUACUUCAGCCUUUGUAUCAACUGUUGGGAUCGAUUUCAAAGUUCAGACAGUGUUUCGCAAUGACAAACGAAUCAAAUUACAAAUAUGGGACACGGCUGGUCAAGAAAGAUAUCGAACUAUAACAACUGCAUAUUAUCGGGGAGCUAUGGGUUUUAUAUUAAUGUAUGAUGUUACCAAUGAAGAAUCAUUUAAAGCUGUUGCUGACUGGGCUGGUCAAGUAAAGACUUACUCAUGGGAUAACACUCAAGUUGUGCUUGUGGGAAACAAAUGUGACAUGGAUGAAGAGCGUGCUGUCACUUAUGAACAAGGGAAAAAGUUAUCUGAGCAACUCGGUUUUCCAUUUUUUGAAACAUCUGCUAAAGAUAACAUUAAUGUCAGGGCAGCUUUUGAUAAACUAGUUGAUGUCAUAUGUGAUCGAAUGACUGAUACAAUUGAUACAGACCCUACUUUGAUUGGUCCGAACAGACCUAAUACAAAGUUUCCAAAUCAGCCGUCAGGUGGUGGAUGCAGUUGUUAACUGACUUAACAAUCAUUGGGAAUAUAGCAUUUUUGAACACAAAUUUUAUUUGAUUGCCAUCUAACGUUGCUUAGAAUUAUAAAUUAGAAAAGAACUCUUAACGUUUUAUGGUUUACAAGUAAGGUAAAGUAAAUGUUUGUAGAAGCGAGUUUUAAUAAACUCAAAUAAUUCUUGUAUGUAUAUAUAUAUAUAAAUAUAAUAUAUUUAUUGGAAUAUACACGGUUCGGUGCUUCAUGUAGAAUUCAUGUAGAAUCUAUUUGAUAAUCACGCUCAUUCUUUUAAA